ACAACACGAGCUGAACACUGAGAGCUGACAGCCUCCGUUCUCUGCACAGACGCAUGAUUUGUAGAUCAGCGCUCAGACUAGUUUCAGCUUUGAGGAAGUGAAACUGUCUCAGUCUCAGUUACCGAGAGGUGAAAUGGCGCAGAAAGGAGAUUUGUUGUAUCAGGAAACCCUUUCCUGUUCGAUCUGUUUGGAGGUUUUAAAGGAUCCGGUGGCUAUUCCCUGUGGACACAGUUACUGCAUGAACUGUAUUAAAUCCUUCUGGGAUGAAGGAGAGAGGAAACCCCCCAGCUGUCCUCAGUGUAGAGAGACUUUCACCACGAGGCCUGUGCUGGUGAAAAACACCAUGUUAGCAGUUUUAGUGGAGCAGCUGAAGAAGACGGGACUCCAAGCUGCUCCUGCUGAUCACUGCUAUGCUGGACCUGAAGAUGUGGCCUGUGAUUUCUGCUCUGGAAGAAAACUGAGAGCUGUCAAGUCCUGUUUGGUCUGUCUGGCCUCUUACUGCCAGAAACACCUUCAGCCUCAUCAUGAUGUGGCUCCAUUAAAGAAACACAAGCUGGUGGAUCCCUCUAGGAACCUGCAGGACAACAUCUGCCCCCGUCAUGAUGAGGUGAUGAAGAUGUUCUGUCGUACUGAUCAGAAGUGUAUCUGUUAUCUCUGCUCCGUGGAUGAACAUAAAGGCCACGACACAGUCACAGCUGCAGCAGAAAGGACGGAGAGGCAGAGAGAGAUGGAGGUGAGACGACAACAAAUCCAGCAGGAUAUCCAGGACAGAGAGAAAGAUGUGAAGCUGCUUCAGCAGGAGGUGGAGGCCAUCGAUCAUUCUGCUGAUAAAACAGUGGAGGACAGCGAGGAGAUCUUCACUGAGCUGAUCUCUCUCCUCCAGAAGAGAAGCUCUGAUGUGAAGCAGAAGAUCAGAUCCCAGCAGGAAACUGAAGUGAGGAGAGUCAGAGAGCUGGAGGAGAAGCUGCAGCAGGAGAUCACUGAGCUGAAGAGGAGAGACGCUGAGAUGAAGCAGCUCUCAGACACCGAGGACCACAACCAGUUCCUCCACAACUGCCCCUCACUGUCACCACUCAGUGAGUCCACACACUCCUCCAGCAUCAGCAUCCGUCCUCUCACACACUCCUCCAGCAUCAGCAUCCGUCCUCUCAGCUACUUUAAGGAUGUGACAGCAGCUGUGUCAGAGGUCAGAGGUCGACUACAGGACAUCCUGAGAGACACGUGGACAAACGUCUCACUGGCCGUCACUGAGGUGGAUGUUUUACUGUCAGAACCACGACCAGAACCAGAACCAACGAGCAGAGCUGGAUUCUUGAAGUAUUCAUGUGAGAUCACUCUGGAUCCAAACACAGUAAACAGACGGCUGUUACUGUCAAAGGAGAACAAAACGGUGACAGUUGUGAAGAAACAUCAGUCUUAUUCUGAUCAUCCAAACAGAUUCACUAAUGUUCCUCAGGUCCUGAGUAGAGACAGUCUGACUGGACGUCAUUACUGGGAGGUGGAGAAGAAAGCAGAUGUAGUUAGUGUAGCAGUUUCAUACAAGAAUAUCAGCAGAUCAGGGGGGUGGAAGGAAAGUUUAUUUGGAAGAAAUGACAAAUCUUGGUCACUACGUUGUUACUCAAACAGAUAUGUAUUUUAUCACAACAACAUCAGAACCUCCAUCUCAGGUCCUCUGAGCUCCAGAAUAGGAGUUUACCUGGAUCACAGAGCAGGAGUUCUGUCCUUCUACAGCGUCUCUGAAACCAUGACCCUCCUCCACAGAGUCCAGACCUCCUUCACUCAGCCGCUCCACGCUGGAGUCGCGUUUGGUUUCCCCCUCUUAGGAGAUUAUAUUUACCCCAGUCUUGGAGCCUCAGUUGAGCUCUGUAAACCCAAGUAGACGUGUUUCCUCUUCAUGUUUUCAUCUCAGUUUUUAUUGAUUUUCUUUUCUUCUCAGAGACGAUCGUCUCAAACUCUGAUGGAUGGAGGGACUUUGUUGUUCUAUAAGUUGAUGUUUUGUUGUUGUUUCUUCUUUUUGAGGUGGAAGUCGUUGUUUUGUAGCUUCACCUGGGAAAUAUUCAUGUUAUUAACAUCUUCUAUGUCGGUAUAAAAACAUAGAAAUAAGCUGUGUUGUAAUUUUUGUUAACUGUUAUUUUGGAUGUGUUUCUGGGUUGUAUUUCUCUUUUCUUCUCCUCUUUUUCUUCCACUUCAUGGACUCCAACAGACGAGCCACCAGACCUUCUUCAUCUCUGAUGUCAUGUCUGCAUUCACACUGGUUUCCUCCUUCAUUAGCAAACCAAAUGUUGUUUUCUGAACCGGUGAAGACGUUUUUCAGGUGAAAUAACAGCAAAACGUAUCUGACCGACUUCUGAGAUCUGCACGGUUCUUGUUUAACGCUGCAGAGGUCAAAGUUCAUGAAAUGGUGACAGAUGUUUGUUCUGUCUCUGACUUGUUGAUGGUUGUUUGUUAAUGUGUGAGAGAGGCUUUGUACAUGACAGAAAUAAACCGCCACGCUUUAAAAAAA